GUAAACUUUGAUUCAACGCUCUGAGCCUCCAUCAUGGUCGCUGACUGCGAUCAUUGUCAAGGCAAGGAACUUGAAGGUCUUUAUAUUAAUGCACACGCCCCCAUCUUAAUCGGUUCCGAAUCCCAACUCAUCUAUAAGAUAAGAAGGUCCGUGAUGUUCAUCGCGCGGAACCCGUUUUUUGCAUCUCGAACGAAUGGAGACGGGGUAUUCGGUUGAGGAUAUCGCAGCGGCGACCAGUCUACAGAUCCUCACGUACAUAUACAGUGCGUUCUGUCUCACAUCUUUCUUCUUCGUCCUGACACAGCUCAGCGUCGAUGGCUACAUUCUGGGCCUACGAAUAUGUAAAAGGCAUUUAUAUCGUUACACGAUAUGUUCCCUUUCUCCUCCUCACCAUGAAUCUAUAUACGGGCUUCAGCCCACAUGAAACCCCGAGUAAAUGCCGAAUACUGGUCAAUGUUUGCUCAGGUUUUAGCAUAAUAUCAGGCAUUUGCUCCCAAUACUUUUUCGCCCUCAGAACGUGCGCGCUAUGGAACAACAACAGAAUCGUGGUCAUAACCAUGCUGUCAUUAUGUCUCGCUUUUAUUGUAGCAUCCAUCAGCAUUUCUUUUGACGCGACUGCCACAGCACCAUAUGCAACCAGCAAAAUUCCGGGUAUCACAGGUUGCUACCAGAUCGUGAGCAGUGUCCAACUAUUCAUACCAUUUCUUCUCUUUUUCGCGGUUGAAAUGGGACUCAUGACCCUCACGCUCAUACGCGCCAUACAGAGCUGGCGGGUGACUAACAACCAUCUGUACGUUGUUCUGCUGAAGCAUAACAUAUACUACUAUGCAUGUGGUCUUCUGUUCUCGGUGGCGAACAUAUUCAUAUCACUGCUCCUCCAUUACGCGUACCACGGCAUGUUGCAUGAUUUCCAGUUUGUCAUCCUUGCGAUCCUCGCCACAAACAUGCACCGCCAUCUCUGGCAGAUGGACCUGCAUGUACACACCUCUGACGCCCCCGUGCGUAUUCAUUUGUCCGAUAUGUCCGACAUAUUAUAUGCUGGCCAUACGGUGUGAUGUCAUUUUUCAUAGAGUGAAGUUUGAACUGUAGGAUGACUGAUGGGAGUGGACUACAUCGGUUCCGAGACUUGGAUGCACUCAACUCAUAUUAAUGUAUUUUCAG